AUGAAGCUCUCCAUCGGAUCCAUCUGCCUGAUCGCCAGCACCACCAUCACCCUCGUCGCUGCUGAUGCUGCAGCAGUACAGACACAGAUCGCAGUGAUUGGAAACUACACCAGCUUAUUGCGAAGCGACGUGAACAACUACAACGGCUCGACUCCAGGCUUGCCAUGGGCCUUGCAAGUUCAACAAGAUGCCGUGAACCUGUACCGACAAAUCGAACAAGGCACAACUCUCGCCAAAGCGUCUGGCAACUUUGGGGAACCUGGAUCUUUCAACGUUGCCGCAGCACUGUUGAGUAUUACGGGGACAGUCAAGGGCACACUCAGCGACACUGCCGCGAAGGCCCCGACAUUCGACGACCUGGGGCCGCUUGUGCUGGGCUCGCUUUACCAGCUGAAGGCGAGCACGGAUGGUUUCGGCAAGGCUAUCGUUGAUAACUUGGCUCCUAUUGAGAAGGCUCUUGCUCCGGCGGUUCAGGCAGAUCUCGAUAACUCUUUCAACAGUGCGAUUACGGCUUAUGGUGGGAAGCCCAAUUGA